AAAUGUUCAACCCUUGACCCUGAUGGUUGUCGAUCUUUUCCAUCUAAUGAAUACGAUGACUGUCUUGAAGAUGGUUUUUGUGAAGAAUGGAGUGCUGCUAAAACCGAUAUGAUAUUUGCAAGUAUUAUUGGUGGAGUAACAUUUUUUUAUUUACUCUACGUAUUAUUCAUUAGUGGUAGAAGUCUUAAGCAAAUUGGUUGGAAAUACAUUUCUGGUGCUGUUUUUAUUACAUGUUAG